UAGAAUCGAGCUCCCCGGAUUCGAACCCCCGACGAGGGGAGCUUGCGAAGAGAGUGAGGGCUUUGGUUUUUGAGGGAAGCGCAAGAUGAGCGUCAUCGACAUUCUCACGCGCGUCGAUGCGCUGUGCCAGAAGUACGAGAAGUAUGAUCUGGAUCGGCAGCGGGACGCGCAGAUCUCCUCCACCGAUGGCUUCCUCAAGCUCUACACGGUUCUCAACGCGGAUGUGGAGACCACGCUCCAGAAAGCGAACGAGGCCGCCACGGAGAAGAAUCGAGCUACUGUAGCCGCAUUGAAUGCCGAAGUCCGCCGAUCCAAGGCCGCGCUAAGGAAUGAGAUCCCAAAGCUGGAGAAGCUCGCUCCUAGAAAGGUGAAGGGACUUUCCAGGGAAGAAAUGGAAGCUCGUCCAGACCUCGUCCUUGCGCUUGCUGAGAAGAUUGAAUCGAUUCCAGAGGGAACAAACUUGGGGAACAAACGAAGCAGCUGGGGCAACAGCAAAAGCGCGUCCAACAACAAAAUGGAGAUCAAGAUCGACUCGGUUAGUCCCGAGGACGUGAUGCGUCCCGAGCAGUACGAGCACUCCGAAGAAUCGAAGGGGUUCCGACAGGAGUACGAGACUCGGAAAGCUAGACAGGAUCAAGGCCUGGAUACAAUAGCCGAAGGUCUCUCCACUUUGCGAAACAUGGCUCAAGAUAUCAACGAAGAAAUGGACAGGCAGGUCCCUCUGAUCGAUGAGAUUGACAGCAAGGUGGAUUACGCCAACGCUGAGCUUAGAACCACGAACGUGAGAUUGAAAGAUACUGUGAACAAGAUGCGAUCUAGCAGGAAUUUCUGCAUCGAUAUCAUUCUUUUGUGCAUCGUUUUAGGAAUCGCUGGAUACUUGUAUAAUGUUUUGAAGAAGUGACUAACGAGGCAGGCGAGGUUGGGUUGGCGUUUGAUUUGUUGAUAGUGAAAGAAGUAAACGUUUGUUGGUUAAAUGAGUUCACAGGAUAUUCUCUUUU